CGCCGGGGCCGGGGCCGCUGCGGGGCGCGGCGCCUCCUCGCCGCCAGCUGCCGCCACCGCCGUGCCGCUCCACCUCGCCGCCCGCAGCUUCUGCCGGCGGGCCGUCCCGCUCCAUGGCGACCCCCAGCCCCUGCAUCGUGAUUGGUGAUGAUGAGCAAGGUUAUGACCUGGACUUGUUCUGCAUACCUAAACAUUAUGCAGAUGAUUUGGAAAAAGUCUAUAUUCCUCAUGGCCUCAUCAUGGACAGGACGGAGAGACUGGCACGAGAAAUUAUGAAGGGCAUGGGAGGACACCACAUCGUUGCGCUCUGUGUACUCAAGGGUGGCUACAAGUUUUUUGCUGAUUUAUUAGACUACAUCAAAGCACUGAACAGAAACAGUGACAAAUCAAUCCCCAUGACUGUCGACUUCAUUAGAUUGAAGAGUUACUGUAAUGAUCAGUCAACUGGGGAUAUAAAAGUCAUUGGUGGAGAUGACCUCUCAACCUUGACUGGAAAGAAUGUUUUGAUCGUAGAAGAUAUAAUUGAUACUGGUAAAACAAUGAAAACAUUGCUGUCUCUCCUUAAGCAAUACAAUCCAAAGAUGGUCAAAGUAGCCAGUUUGUUGGUAAAAAGAACUCCUCGAAGCGUGGGAUACCGGCCAGACUUUGUUGGAUUUGAAGUGCCAGACAAAUUUGUUGUGGGAUACGCCCUAGACUACAAUGAGUACUUCAGAGAUUUGAAUCAUAUCUGUGUGAUCAGCGAGACGGGCAAGCAGAAGUACAAAGCCUGAGAGCAGAUCCCAAGCACUCUGACAACACAGCUUUGAAACCUUUCCUUUAUUAUUUUUGGGUUUGUUUUGUUUACUGAGUCCUAUCUUUCACAGGCUUCAACUUCUGGUACACCAGCUAAAAAAAUGUAGAAGGGCCUCAGCCCCAUUGUCAUACACUUAAUUUAUUGCAUGUAUCAUAGAAGAGUUCAUCUUUGUUCUUUUCUGUUUUUGAAACAAACCAAGUGCAGCUCUGCACUCAUGAUUUUGAUUUGCACUAUGACUCUUUUAUUAUUGCUGCCCCUGGUUGGGUUGUGCUGUUUGUGAGCUCCAGACUCUUAAUAAACUCUUGCAGUGGUGAAUCGCUUCGACCUCAUCGACCCAGAACUGAGAAGCAGUUUUGAGUACUGUAAAUGCAGAACAUUUUAUGCUAGGCAGGUCUGUUAGUAAGGUUUUUUUUUAAAGGAAAGGAAAAAAAAAAACAACUAAACUUAAUAUGUAAUUGUUUUUUUCUAUUUUCAUGCACAAAUGUGAGCCUGGAAUGGGUUGCUCAGGGAGGUGGUUGAGGCCCCAUCCCUGGAGGUGUUUAAAGCCAGACUGGAUGGAGCUCUGGCCAGCCUGAUCUAGGGUAGGGUUUCCCUGCCCAUGGCAGGGCGGUUGGAACUAGAUGAUCCUUGUGGUCCCUUCCAACCCUGACUGAUUCUAUGAUUCUCUGGUGGUUUGAUGGAGAGAUGCACCUUUGGGUGUUGUGAAGCAUGAGGAGCAGCCAGUUACAGCAUCUGUAAUCUCUAAGGAGCUCCUUCAGAUCUCCUGAGGUUGCCUUAUUGCUGUAAAAGAAGUCUGAGGGGAAAAAAAUGUCCUUUAUUUUUCUGGGGGGGGUCUUUUGCUUCCUUUUAUUUUCCUUUUAUAGUAUUUUUUUAAGGAGAUAGGAUGCCAAAAGAGAAUAUUUAAAAUAGAGUUUCAGUUGAGUUGUUUAGACUCUUUUUUUCUCUCUAAAGUCAUGCAUCAGUCAGUGAAAUUGCCUUUAAAAGUUAAAAACAGGUUUAAUAUAUUUGGGGAGGGGGGAAAUAAGAAAAAGGCAAAACAAAAGAAGUUGUAAUGUUUACUUUCUAAAGUUCUACAAAGCAAAGUACUUUAAAUAAAGGUUGUCUCUUUAAGCCCCA